AAACCUGUUGCUAAAUAAUUCGAUAUUCUUCGUCAGAUUCGCGUCCGCCUCCCUUCCCCAUAAACAGAACUGCAAGCGAACAAGUUUUGCUCAGUUGAUUCUUCUUUUCCGUUAUUAUCACCAGAAUGGUGUCUCCACAUGCAUUAACGUAAAUUAGUAUCGGUUUUAAGUUCAGUCGUCAGCCACCGCAUCUCGCGAACAGAAGUGGCGCCUUAAGGCUGUGCGUGAAGAUGGUUCACCCGUUCUUGAUGGUCGUGAUCGUGACCUUGUUUGUUGUAUCUUUGAUCCAAGCUGCUGCUUUGGCGGGCAAUGAAGCCGAUUCUCAGCUGAAAGUUGUCACCGAAUCCAACAAUCAUGCAACCGAUGAAUUUAAUUGGAGCUACCAACUGAGUGACGGGCGGGAAGUGCGGUCGAACGCUUAUAAGAAGACCUUGCCUGACGGUCGAGAGGUUCUAGUAAUAAACGGGUUGUACAGCUUUGUGGCGCCCAACGGAGUCAAGUACACUGUGUCCUAUUAUUCGGACGAAGACGGAUAUCAUCCAACUGUGAUCGUUGGUGAUGAACCCCUGUUUCCAGAAGGUCCACAACAUAUUGACCCAAAAGUAUUGGCUUCGUUGAUUGGAUAAACUACUAGUAUAACAUAUUAUUUAACAUAGAAAAUAAUCAAUACAAACUUAAACGAAGCUUAAGUAUCAAUAAACUUAUUUAUACAUUUCGCAGUGGUUGAGGAACCCGGCAUACGAGGAAGAUGCA